GGGGCCCCCUAGUUUAGACAUCACCGAGCGACGGAUGGACAGCCAGUCAGACCCGUCACGGCACUCGCUCGAGUAUAGCUCGGUAAACCCUUCGGGAAAAGCCAAACUAGCCGAAAAAAAAGCUAGCAUAUACAUAUACACUUGAUAGUGUUGCACUCUCGUGACCAGUGGUCGAGAGUCAAACGCAUCGAGUUCGCCUUUACUGUAUCAUCGUUUAUUCUCGACCGGUCUUCAACACGUGUACACAGUCUCAUCAGUGAACUUGCUAUGCAAUCGUGAUCACAUUGGGAGCAAAUAUUAGUGAAACGUGAAAGGUCCUAGUGUCUUUUAUAUCCUACGACUUCAUCCAGAGCUUGAAGGGGGGACUUUGUUGACGGAGGGUGCUCGGGGUGGCAACAGUUCGGGACACGGGGACUUUGACAUGAUUUUAUAAACGCGUGUACGGAGAACAUUUGAUUUUGAGAAGCUCGAAUAAACUGAGUGUCAAAAGUACAGCGAUAAACAAUGAGCGUGGCUCUUGCAACGAUGGAAAGCGCUUACGGGCUUCGUCUAGGCUUGGGCAUCCAUCACAAUCGUCACUCGCUUCAUCAUCAUUCCCAUCUACUUCACCACACUCCCCAUACGAGCUUUCAUCAUCACCAUCAUCAGUCGAGGUCGCUGCGUUCACCAUCGCCAGCAAGGUCGAUCGACAGCCACGUCGCAGUGGAGUCUUCAUCACCCAGAACGAUCCAUCAUCAUCGGGAUGCCGAUGAUGACGCGGCCCCACUGAGAUUCAGCGUUGACAACAUACUACGUCCGGAUUUUGGUAGGGACGCUAUAUUGAGCACGAGAACGACGAUCAAACGACCUUGCUCGUCGCCCAUUCGACCCACUGUUCAACUACCGCGUCACAGCCCACUUCCGGUCCCACGUGAUCUUAGCCUCUCCGGUGCGGCUGCAGCUAGACUCUCGUCGCCGCAAUCCUCAUCAACGAGCCCCAGCAGCUAUUCGACGCCGAUUCAUUCGAGCCGGCAAGAGAGAGAAAGUUUCAACGCCCAGUGCACAAGUGGCUCGACGUCGCCGGCGUUACCUCGACACUCGGGCGGACUCAGCAGAAGCGGAAGUCUCGAAAGCCUUGCCAGUAAUCGCAGCUCCGUCACUGGAUCUUCCUUCAAUGGUGGUGCUUCCCUCUCGUCAGGAGCUUCGACCAUUGGCUGCGGUGAAUCUGUCAGCGGUGACAGCCUCACUUCUUCCGCUACUUCCGGCAAUGCUGCACAACAAAAUAGCCCAUGGCCUGCCUGGGUUUACUGCACGAGAUACUCGGACAGACCCUCUUCCGGACCACGAACGAGACGAGUGAAGCGAACCUCGAACAGUGAGAAAGGUUCGACGUCCGACGAGAAAAGACCAAGAACGGCUUUCAGUGGGGAACAAUUGGCAAGACUAAAAGCAGAAUUUGCGGAAAGUCGUUACCUCACGGAACGACGAAGACAACAAUUGUCGCGUGAUCUCGGCUUGAACGAGGCCCAAAUUAAAAUUUGGUUCCAGAACAAACGCGCGAAAAUCAAGAAAUCGAGCGGCCAAAAAAAUCCCCUGGCCCUUCAACUCAUGGCUCAAGGCUUGUACAACCAUUCAACCGUCCCCGUCGACGAGGAUGGCGAAGAAAUUGCCGAUCCUGAGAGUCAAUCGUCCGUUUAAAAUUACAUUUUCCCGUCAUAUUUUUAGUUCGCGAAAUUGUGUGUUUCAACUAAAGAAAAAUGAAGUUUUCGCUUCUUUAAAUUAUUUAUUCAACUGUAAAUAUCGUCGCUGUGAAUAUAUUCGUCAAACACAACACGUACUUGUACACACAAUCCUAAAAUAUUACGUGAGCUCGUAAUAUAGAAAAUAUAAAUAAAUAUAUUAAUCUAUGUUCAUACAAAAACAUAUGAAUGUUGAAAAAAACGUUAUCGUAGUUUUAGGAUAAUGUACAUAGCGAUUCAUAUUGUUAAAAUAUUAUUUGUACAUUCACGAUACAACAUGCUUUACGAGGAAAAUUUAAAAACGAUCUCAUACCUCAUAAUUUAUGUAAAUAUUGGUAUAAUCAUUACACAUUCAUAUUAAUUUUAACGAUAAUUUCCGACGAUCCAUGACAAAUCUGUCAUUUGUCCCAGUUUUGAUUCCUGUCGAUUACGCAUCCUAUAUUUAUGUAUCAUAUGCAAUCAUAACGCGGACACAUGUUCCGGGAAUUAAAAAAAACACAAAUUCGAGCAUUAAA